AUGGCUUUUCAAAUUGGAAAAAAGGAGAGACUACAAAUUCAUGUUAGGAUUCAUGAUAGCGCUCAUAAUCAGGCUUGGAGAAAAUGUGAAGCACUUAUGAGACCAAAACAACACAUCACUGCUGCUAUUGAAAAACAAUCUGAGCAAGCUAAAAAGAAUUAUCAAAUUCACUUGAUAGCAACAAUUGAUUGUAUUAGAUUUCUUUUGCGACAAGGAUUGGCCUUUCGUGGUAAUGAUGAGACGGGUGAUUCUGUUAACCAAGGAAAUUUUUUGGAACUUCUAAAUUUUCUUGCGCAACAUAAUGAAGAGAUUGAUCGUGCUUUCAAAAAUGCUCGUGGAAAUCUUAAACUAAUAGUACCCUCAAUCCAAAAAGACAUUGUAAGAGCUGCUACAAGGGAAACGACAAAAGUCAUUGUUGAUGAUCUUGGUGAUGAAUUAUUUGCUGUAUUGGUUGAUGAAGCCUGCGACAUUUCCAUUAAGGAGCAAAUGUCAGUUUGCUUAAGGUAUGUGAACAAAGAAGGACAAGUUAGGGAGCAUUUUCUUGGUCUUGUUCAUGUUUCUAAUACUAAUGCUUUAUCUCUAAAAUUAGCAUUGGAGUCAUUAUUAGAAACAUAUAAUUUAAGUUUAUCAAGAGUACGUGGACAAGGAUAUGAUGGUGCAAGUAACAUGCAAGGAGAAUUUAAUGGUUUGAAAACUUUGAUAUUGAAAGAAAAUUCUUAUGCUUUCUAUGUACAUUGCUUUGCCCACCAACUUCAGUUAGCUCUUGUAACGGUUGCAAAAAAACAAGUUGAAAUUGCUUUGCUUUUUAAUUUGUUAACCAAUUUGUGCAAUGUUGUUGGAGCUUCGUGUAAACAAAGAGAUAUGCUUCGUGAUAGUCAGAUGACUAAGACAAUUGAAGCAUUAAAUGAUGCAUGA